AUGGCGUCAUCCCUUCCCGCUGCUAAGCAGCAGCUGAGAAGUCUCAUGAAGCAGAAGCUGUCCAAGAUCACCCAGGACUCCAUCACAACUCAGAGUCGCUGUAUUUUCGAGACCUUGAAAGAGUUUCAGCCUUAUAAGGAUGCUCGGCGCGUCAGCAUCUAUCUGGCUAUGCCGACGGCUGAGGUCCAGACAGAUGCUAUUGUGCGCCAUGCCUUAUCUGAUGGCAAGCAGGUCUUUGUUCCUUAUUUACACAAGUCGCCCUUUCAAACGCCGGAUACUCCAGCUCGGGUUAUGGACAUGGUUCACCUAAAAGACGUCCAGGACUAUGAGAGCCUAAAGUUGGAUAAGUGGGGGAUUCCCAGCGUUGACCCAGCUACUGUCGAUGCGAGAAGACGUAUACUGGGUGGUUCAGACGUCCAGAAUUCCGAGCCCGCAAUUCUAGACUUCAUGGUUGUGCCCGGAGUCGCAUUCGAUUUUGACCAGUCAGGGUCAAUUCGACGCCUUGGCCACGGCAAGGGCUUUUAUGAUUUCUUUAUCAACAGAUACAUGGCCAAGCUCGAAAAAAAGGGCAUAGCGCACGAGAACCCGCUACAUUUGUAUGGCUUGGCUUUGACAGAACAGAUGGUGCCUGCUACGUCGGAGCUUCAGAUUCCCACAGACACUCACGACCGUAGACUCAAUGGCCUUAUUCUUGGAAACGGCGAGAUCAAGGCCGGUGUGCAUGAAGCUUCUACUUCGCGAUAUCCACGACAAGAUCUAUAA